AUUUGCUUAUCAUAUAUAUCAUCCCUUAUUACCUCCAACUCUCUAAACUAUGUCUCAAAACACAACCCGACCCGGUUACCCAUUGUCCAAUGAUGCUAUAACGGGUGCUCCUAGAACAACCAUUAACCCGGUGCACCAAAUUAUUCCUAAGCCCAAUAAUCUUAACCCGAGGAGCUUGGCCACUACUUCUCCUACUGCCUACCCGGCCAAGCAAGAAGUCCUACCGGUAACUACCGCGGCUGCUGCCUACCCGGCGGCUCCGUUGAGCACCGCGCUUGUUCCGGCAACCGUGCAACCGGUGAGCCCGCUUCAGGCGGCCGCGAAGACGGUGGUUCCCGCCGUCCGCGGCGGCCGGCUCUUGAAGAGGGGCGAUUUGCACUCCGGCACGGAAGAUGCAAUCAUGAUGGAUCAUGUGAGAGCCACUCACGACCUUGAUGCGUCGCACUAUAACGUGAAGCCUCUCGUGCACGUUAUUGAAGACAUCAUUCCACGCGCCAAGGCGGCCGUUCCCGGGCACGCUCAGGGAGAUCAAAGUCAACCGCGCUUGGACGCUAUCCUAGAAGACAAAAUUCUCCACAGCGGUCUCAAUGAAGCCCUGGAGACUUUCGCCUACCCGGUUCACAGAACUUCCCUAGAGAUGAUUUGUGGAUCUUCUUGCCAUGGAGACGCGCAUGGAAUCACGUUAUCGCUCCUCAGGCUACUGGCAAACUACUGGUGGGAUGCAAAGGUGGCGAUCGCCUUCGCGGCCUUCGCUCAACAGUACGGCGAGUUCGGGCUGGUGGUGCGUCUCUACCCGACGGAUCCACUCGCGAAAUCGGUUGCGACGGUGAAGCAGAUCCCGGAGAUCAUGGAGAGCCUGGAAUCGCGGGGAGCCGUGAACGCCAAGUUCCGGGAACUAGCCAAGUUGGUGGACAAAAUGCUGGAGGUCACCCACCACAUUGUCAAGUUUAAGGAUGUCGGCAGCGAGGAGAAAAGGCUUAAGCUCAAGUACCGCCUGAAUCUGCACAAGGAGCUCGCCGAUUCCACGUCGCCGGUGACGGCGGAGCAGGAAAACCUCAUCGCCAAAGCCUCUUACUUCACCGUCAAAGCUGCAGUCACUUGCUCUCUGCUUCUCCUUAACCUCAUUGCCGUUGGCCGAGACUACUAUUCAUCCACCGAAGAGGAUUUGGAGAUAUCCACUUUGACACACAAGCUGAGUUACCUACUGGGUGACCUGCAGAGGGCACUGAACCAAUCUUCCCAGGAAAUCAGCAAGAUAAAGCAUCAAAUCAAGCGAAAAGUACUUGAAGAAACCUUGGCCAGAACCCACACAGAUAAUAAGUACUCAGCUGAGCUCAUCACCUGUGGGGAAAAUGAUCCAAUGCCAAUCAUCCAUGGAGCUGAUAUGAAAAAGCAUAGUCUGGAUUUCCUGCGGAGGAAAUACGUGUUCCUAUUGGUGUCGGACCUGGAAAUCCCUAACGAGGUGGUCAGCAUGCUUCGCCACAUGUACCAUGACUCGAAGCAAGACCCAAGCCGGCCGGAGAGCCAGUUCGAGGUGGUGUGGCUGCCGAUCGUCGACCGGCGGUCCGCGUGGACCGAAGCCAAGGACCGGCAGUUCCAGGCGGUGUACGGGUCCAUGCCGUGGUUCUCGGUGUCGCACCCUCGCAACAUUGACGACGCCGUUUUCGGAUACGUUAAGGAAGUUUGGGGGUUCACCCACAAGCCCCUACUUGCUGUCGUGGACCCUCAAGGGAAACUCGUCAACGUUAAUGCUUUCCCCAUGUUUUGGAUCUUUGGAAGUGUGGCUUUCCCCUUUACUAAAUCCAAGGAGGAGGCUCUCUGGAAUGAAACUUCUUGGAGUAUGGGACUGCUGGCUGAUUCCAUUGAUCAAAACAUAUUCAACUGGUUUAAUGAUGGGAAGUGCAUAUGUUUGUACGGAGGAGAGGACAUGGAAUGGAUCCGGAGCUUCACAAAGACGGCAAGGAAGGUGUCCCAACAAUCCGGGAUCCCACUAGAACUCCUCUACGUCGGCAAAAUGAACCCCAAAGAGAGAAUCCGGCGAAUCAACGCCACAAUCCACGAAGAACAACUAAGCCACGUCCUCCACGACCCCACCAUGGUCUGGUUCUUCUGGGAGCGCCUAGAGAGCAUGUGGUACCUACGCGGCGAAAAAACAACAACCCCCGAAGAUUCCGCCCCUUUCCUCGUACCGUCCGAGGACACCCGCGACCCCAUCCUCCAGGAAGUCAAGGCCAUCCUCAGCUACGACGGCAGCAACCGCGGCUGGGCGGUUUUCAGCCGCGGAUUGGAGGAAAUGACCAAAGGAGAGGGCAAAAACAUCAUGCAAGUCCUCGGGAAUUUCGAGAAUUGGAAACACGAAGUCACCGACAUGACCGCGUUUAUUCCGGCGCUGGAUAGGCAGCUCCGUGGGCUCCACACUAAGCACCACUGCACGCGCAUGGUUGUGCCGGCCGCCGUGGGACACUUCCCGGAGACGGUGGCUUGCGUGGAGUGCGGGCGCGCCAUGGAGAAGUUCUUCAUGUAUAGCUGCUGCCUUGACGAUUACGAGUAGAUGGAGGGGAUAUGGGCUUAGGGGAAGCGUAUAUGAACGGAACUUUCUCUUGUUUAGAAUAAAGGAGCAUUUAUUGUAUUUGAUACUUUGAAUAAAGAGUGUAGGCCGGCGUAUUUUAUAUCAUUUGUUGUUGGUAUGAUGUUAAUGUGAAAUAAUAAAUCAUGCAUGUAAACAUGCAUUUUGUCAUGAA